AUGAAUGGCCUCGAAAUCUCACCCUUCAUCGCCUCCCUCCCCAAGGUCGAGCUGCACAUCCACAUCGAGGGAACUCUUCUCCCCGCCCUCCGCUGGAAACUCGCAAAACGCAACAACGUGCCCCUCCAAUACGAAACCUACGAGGCUCUCCUGGACUCAUACAAGGUCUUCUUCAACCACCGCCCCGAAAUCAACGGCCGCGUCCCGGGUAUUCCGACAUUCCUCGAGGCUUACUUCGCCGGCUGCGAAGUCUUGAAGACUGAAGAUGACUUUUACGAAAUGUCAAUGGACUACUUCCGGCGCUGCGCCGAGAUGAAUGUCCGCUACGUCGAGCCGUUUUUCGACAUCCAGGCGCACACGCGGAGGGGCGUGCCUGCGGAGGAUGUGUUGAAUGGGUACUUGAGAGCUCAGCGUGAUGGCGCGGAGGUGCAUGGUGUAAAGUCGAAUUGGAUAUUUUGCUUCAUUCGCGAUGAAAGCCUCGAGGACGGGUUGGCUGCGUACGAGGCUGCCAGGCCGUGGGCUGCUGGUAUUGUCGAGGGUGGCAAGGGUCUCUUCCACGCUGUCGGGUUGGCUAGCAACGCCUUCAAGAGGCCGCCGAUGCUCUUCGAGCAAGGAUUCCAGAGGGCGAAGAAGGAUGGGCUGCAUGUCACGAUGCACUGCGAUUUCGGGCAAAAGGACACGUUUGAGCACGUCCACGAGGCGAUUUUUGAUGUCUGUGAUGGCGCUGGAGCGGAGCGUAUUGAUCACGGGCUUGAUGCGGCGGAUAAGGAGGAACUGCUGCAGGGGUUGUUGGAUCGAGGUAUCGGCUUGACGUUGUGUCCCCACGCGUAUCACCGGCGGACGGCGACGGAAGUGCUGUUUCCCAAGAUUCGGACGUUGUGGGAAAGGGGUGUCAAGUUUAACAUUAACAGCGAUGACCCGGUAUACAUGCAUGAUGUUUGGGUAGAUGGCAACAUGCAGAAGGCGUAUACCUACUGUGGAUUCAGUAAGAAGGAAAUGGUCAAGCUGGCGAGGAAUGGAGUUGACAUGUGUUGGGCUAGCGAGGAGGUGAAGAAGAAAUUGUAUCGAGAGUUGGAUGCAGUUGAGACAGACUAG